AUGCUGCUGUAUCUGAGGCAUUGCAUGGUGGAAAUUAUCACGGGAGUGCUAGUGUCGAAAAUGGAUGCGGAAGGUGGAUCAAAGUGGGGGGGACUUUGCUCCGUUUUCAUAGCAUCCUGCUUGACGUGUGGAAAGAUGUUUGGUCAGUGUGGGUUUCAUCAUGGGUUAUCACUCGCGCUAAAAAAAAUCGUUGACGUCGCUGCUCUGGCUGUUGUGUGGUGUUUCCUGGGCGUGGACGUUGCAGCUGUCUCCUUGGUCUACAUAUUUCUACCUCAGGUUGAGAUAUCACUGGUGUUUCCCAUGAGUGCGAGCGAUGAGCUGCUGAUGUUUGAUAUUCUGCUUGUUAGACGGCCUCGACCCCGAUUGUCGGGAUCGCGUUCGGCGAAUGAGCGGAAGAGAUGUCGUGCGUGUAUCAAACCUUUAGACAGUGGGGGGGCUAUGGCUGGUGAGACUGUAGAUUCUGAGUCAAUAGCAGUAAACUACAUAUAUAUAUCACUUACCACUAGGAGACUAAACAGGUUGGAGAGAUGCCGUGUACCACAUCCAUCAAACCUUUGGAGGGGGCGGGGGAUAAGUGUUGAUGGUGAAAGGGAGAAGGAAGAAGAUUAG